UCGUUUCAUCACAAGUCGCACCCGGUCCCCGCUCUAUAAAUACAAAAACACAAUAUAAUCGUAACCAACCCAUUUCAAACGUUUCUCUCACCACCGAGUCACCACCACAUAUACACCGACUCUCACACUACAGACACAUAAUCAACCCCCCCACACAUAUGGCGGUGGUCGUUCUCGACGGAUCCACGGUCAGGAAUUUCGUCAACGACGAAUCUCACUUCAACAAGAGUAUUGACGACGCCUUCGCUUCUCUUGAUCUCAACAACGACGGCGUUCUCUCCCGAUCCGAGCUCCGCAAGGCCUUCGAGACCCUCCGCCUCAUCGAGACUCACUUCGGCGUCGACGUCGCUACUACCCCCGAACAACUCACCCAGCUCUACGAUUCCAUCUUCGAGCAGUUUGAUUGUGAUAAAAGCGGUACUGUCGAUGCCGAAGAGUUUCGUACGGAGAUGAAGAACAUCUUGCUCGCUAUCGCUGAUGGAUUAGGCUCCUCUCCCAUUCAGAUGGCGCUUGAUGACGGCGAUCAGAGUUUCCUCAAGCAAGCCGCGGAUCUGGAGGCUUCCAAGCUCCGCCAAUCGUCUACCUGAUUGCGGUUGCUACGGUUUGCUAUUUCCCUUACGUUUUUGCUCAUUUUCUUCAGAUAUGAACAUGUGUGAAUCUGAUUUCAGAAUAAAAUAGAUCCUUAUUCCCCGUUUGUGGUGGAUGGAAUGAUCUAUUUAGAUUUUAACAUGUAGAGAUAUAGAGGAUUAGAUGUACAAGGACUCUAAUCAAUAUUGCUCUCCUCUUUAAGUCUUUUUUACGAUUUUCGGUAUUUUUAUUUAUUUUUUAUUUCUUUUUCCUUCAUAAAUAUGUACUCCACUACUACAUCCAUGUUUGUGAGUGAGGAAUUUUCUUAAUUUUGUAUGUGAUUCGAGUGAGAUUUGUGUCAA